AUGAGAUGUUGUAAAAAAAAACCACUUUUAUUCUUUCAUGUUGUUGUUGUUGUUCUUGUCGUCGUUUCACAGACUGUAUCUCGACAUAAAGUAACACGUUUAUAUUAUUUCAUAUUAUUCAUGGCUCGAGUUGUUCGUAAUAGCAAAUUUCGACAUGUUUUUGGUCAAGCAGCUAAAAAACAAGAUUGUUAUGACAAUAUUCGUAUAACAAAAAGUGCAUGGGAUUCAACAUUUUGUUCAGUUAAUCCAAAAUUUCUUGCUAUUAUAACUGAAUCAGCUGGUGGUGGUGCAUUUCUUGCUUUACCAUUAGAUAAAAUUGGACGUAUUGAUCGUGAUGUACCAUUAGUUACAGGACAUAAAGCAGCCGUACUUGAUUUAGCUUGGUGUCCACAUAAUGAUAAUGUUAUAGCAAGUGGUUCAGAAGAUUGUACAGUUAAAAUUUGGCAAAUACCUGAUGGUGGUUUAUCAAGUAAUUUAACACAACCAGCUGUUGAUCUUGUUGCACAUCAACGACGUGUUGGACAAGUAGUUUGGCAUCCAAGUGCAUUGAAUGUUUUACUUAGUGCUGGUGGUGAUAUGAAAAUUUUUAUAUGGAAUGUUGGUAAAUCAAUGAUUUUAACUACGAUUGAGUGUCAUCCAGAGGUUAUUUUAAGUGUUUCAUGGAAUCAUAAUGGUUCACGUAUUGUUACAUCAUGUAAAGAUAAAAUAUUUCGUAUUAUUAAUCCACGUAAUGGUCAUGUUAUUAAGUCUGGAAUGGGUCAUCAAGGAGCUAAACCUGCAAGAGCUAUUUAUUUACGUGAUGGUCGGAUAUUUUCUACUGGAUUUUCGAGAAUGUCAGAAAGACAAUACGCUCUCUGGGAUCAGGAUAAUUUGGGUAUUCAUUUAACAAUGGAAGAACUUGAUUCAUCGAAUGGUAUUCUAUUUCCAUUUUAUGAUGAAGAUACUGGUUUAAUCUUUCUAUGUGGAAAAGGUGAUUCAACUAUUCGAUAUUUUGAAUAUACACCAGAAGCACCUUAUAUACAUUAUAUUAAUACAUACUCAUCAUCAGAUCCUCAACGUGGUAUGGGUGUUAUGCCUAAACGUGGAUUGAAUAUUGCAACAUGUGAAAUAGCUCGGUUUUAUAAAUUGCUCAAUAGUGGCCUUUGUGAAGUAAUUUCUUUCACUGUACCACGAAAAUCUGAACUUUUUCAAGAAGAUCUUUAUCCUGAUACAGCAGCUGAAGAACAUGCUGUAACAGCUGAUGAAUGGAUUGAGGGUAAAGAUGCUAAUCCUCGAUUAGUAUCUAUUCGUGAUCUUCAUUCGGGUGUAAAAUCUCAAGCAAAUACAAGUAGUGGUGGAUUAACUCUUGGUCCUGGAGCACAACAAAAACAAGAAGUUGUUUUUGGUAAAUCAACAAGUCAAAAACCUUCACCAACAUCACCACAGAAUACAACACAAACAAAUGCUAAUAAUGGUGGUGGUGGUAAUGUUCAACAUGGACAGCAUGUCGAUAAUGAAUUUCUCGAUAAACUUGUUGAAGAAAUGCGUCGAGUGAAAAUAAUUGUUAAAGGACAUGAACGACGUAUUAAAACAUUAGAAGAACGUUUAUCACAAUAUGAAGCACCAAGCAAUGUGAAAUUUAUUCGUUCAAAAUUUUCCCCAUCAUCAUCAUUAACCGAAAUUCAACAAAAACCAAAUAAUAAACAAUAUGAUAAUAUCCUUUAUCAAUUAGAUCUAAUAAAUAGUCGUUUGAAUGAUUUUGAUCGUCGUAUGGAUGAUUUUAAUUAUCGUUUAAAACUUCUUGAAAAGCCUUCUAUUAAUAAACAACAACAUCGAGAUUUAAUGUUUGAACAUGCCCAUAAAAUAAUCACGCAUUUUAACGAUGAUCGCAGAUUUUGA